GUUCACUAUCUUGAAGACUCUCCCAGACUCAGAGUGAAUCUUCUCUCCUCAGUCCUCCCUCUCGUAUCUCGAUCCCUCUCUCCCAGAGUCCAGGCUGACUGUCAUCCCUCUCGAUUCUCUGUCUCUCUGUCAAACUCGAAGGGACAAACGACGAAGUCAGUCUCUCUCUCUCUCUCUCUCUCUCUCUCUGUUGAACUCGAGGGGAAGAACGAUGGAGUCGAACAACUCGAAACCAUGAACCAGUCAUGUCCUCCAUCUGACUCAGACCCAUAUUUGCAGAGAAGACGAGCUCUGCUCACGGAGCCUUUCAGCUUCAAGGCUUUGAGUUUUAAGCAACGUGUUUCACGAGCUUUGAGCUUUAAAGCAGACCUCACAGUUCACUAUCUUGAAGACUCUCCCAGACUCAGACUGAAUCUUCUCUCCUCAGUCCUCCCUCUCGUAUCUCGAUCCCUCUCUCCCAGAGUCCAGGCUGACUGUCAUCCCUCUCGAUUCUCAGUCUCUCUGUCAAACUCGAAGGGACAAACGACGAAGUCAGUCUCUCUCUCUCUCUCUCUCUCUCUCUGUCGAACUCGAGUGGACGAACGAUGGAGUCGAACAACUCGAAACGAUGAAUCAGUCAUGUCCUCCAUCUGACUCAGACCCAUAUUUGCAGGGAAGCCGAGCUCUGCUGACGGUCCCUUUCAGUUUCAAGGUCAAAAGGGGGAGGUGACUUGUGCAUAAUUCCUGCCUAAUGUAUUCUUAAUUUGGAAAUUGUCUCGCUCAAACCCAUAUCCUUUAUAAAACCCACAUUUAGAGAUAGAUCAUAUAUGCAUACAAACCAAGAACAAUUUCCAAUCAAAAUAUAUGCUACAAAUGGCAAUUCCAAGGCUUCCCCAUAUCUUACAGCUUUCAGUUCUUGUGCUACUAUCUAUUUCAUGGGCAGUUUCAGCUUCAGCUUCAGCUGAUCAUGAGACCUUUGUUGAUUGCCUUCUAAACCAUUCCCAACCCUCUCACCCAAUUGCCCCAGCAAUUCACACUUCCAACAAUGCUUCCUACUCAUCCAUUUUGGAAUCUUACAUCCGAAACCUCCGAUUCAACACAUCUACAACCCAAAAACCCUUCCUCAUCCUCACUGCAUUGCAUGAGUCCCACGUGCAAAUAUCCGUUGUUUGUGCCCAAAUCCAUAACUUCCAAAUGAAGAUUAGAAGUGGAGGCCAUGAUUUCGAGGGUUUAUCAUACGUGGCUGAAUUUCCAUUCUUCAUCUUCGACAUGUUUAAUCUUCGAUCCAUCCAUGUAGACAUCAAAUCCGAGACUGCAUGGGCCCAGGCUGGGGCUACUCUUGGUGAACUUUACUAUAGAAUUGCUGAGAAAAGCAAAAUCCAUGGCUUUCCUGCUGGUGUUUGCCCUACAGUUGGUGUUGGAGGCCACUUCAGUGGCGGUGGAUACGGUAAUAUGAUGAGAAAGUACGGCUUGUCAGUUGACAACAUAGUUGAUGCACAACUUGUAAAUGUGCACGGUAAACUUCUCGACCGAAAAUCAAUGGGAGAAGACCUUUUUUGGGCCAUUACCGGAGGCGGAGGAGCCAGCUUUGGAGUUGUGAUCGCGUACAAAAUUAAUCUUGUACGCGUUCCAGAAACAGUUACUGUUUUCAAGGUUCCGAGAACCCUGGAACAAAAUGCAACGGACAUUGUCUAUCGUUGGCAAUAUAUCGCGGAUAAGCUUGACAAUGACUUGUUCAUCAGGCUUAUCAUGGAUAUUGUAAAUGGUACUACUUCAAAUAGUAGUGGAGAAAACAAUAAGACUCUUAGAGCUUCAUUUAUUGCCAUGUUUCUCGGAGACUCUGAGAGGCUUCUCUCAAUCAUGGACAAGAGCUUCCCUGAAUUGGGUAUGAAGCAAUCUGAUUGCAAUGAAAUGAGCUGGGCUCAAUCUGUGCUUUUCUGGACGAGCUUCCCAACCGGGACAGCAACUGAAGCUUUGCUUUCAAGAACACCUCAAGUGCUUACACACUUCAAGAGGAAGUCAGACUAUGUCAAAAAACCAAUUCCAAAAGCUGGUUUGAAGUGGAUUUUUCAGAAAAUGAUUGAGCUUGAGGCACCAUUGUUGACCUUCAACCCCCACGGCGGGAAAAUGAGUGAGAUAUCAGCAUCGGCAACUCCAUUUCCUCAUAGAGCUGGGAAUCUCUGGAUGGUUCAGUAUGCAACAAACUGGAACAUACAAGGGACUGAGGCAUCAGAUCAUUAUAUUGAUCUGACAAGAAAGCUCUACAUGUACAUGACUCCUUUUGUUUCCAAGAAUCCGAGGGAAGCCUUUUACAGCUACAAGGAUCUUGACAUUGGGACCAACCAUAAUGCUAAUGGCAUUGCAAGCUAUUUGGAGGGGAGAGUUUUUGGCAUUAAGUACUUCAGGCAUAACUUUGAUAGGUUGGUGAAUGUGAAGACAAAGGUCGACCCUGGUAAUUUCUUUAGGAAUGAACAAAGUAUCCCACCACUUCCAUACAGUCAUUAUUUAGCUUCUUGUUGUGCAUGUUUUUUUUCUCUUGCUUUGGGGUUAGUUAUGUACAUCUUUAAUCAGCCAAAGAAAUAAAAAGAAGAAAGAUAUUGCUCACAA